AUGUAUAAGCCCUCAAAGAAUGGGACAUCGGGAUCGCUAGCAAUACAUAAUCAGCGAUUAUACGUUGUCCGGAAACAUCUUUCUAUGGCUUCACCACCAGGGAUGAUGUCCAUGAUGAUGAUCGUCAUGAUGCCCCCAGUGUUGAUGGCCUCCAUGCCCACGUUCGGCACCAUGGUUAAAGCCGGAAUCAUGUCCAUGAUCAUCGCCGGACUCGUGAUGAUAUCCCGAAUGCCAUUCGUCUCCAGAUUUGUGAGCCUUAUGUCCUCCAUAGUCUACUCGAGCCCAGUCGGAUUCGUCCCCUUCGCUGAAGCCAUGCUUCCCUUGAUGAUCGUGGCUGUUGUCUCCGUCCCAGCCGUGAGCUCCAUGAUGAUCCUGAUGCCAUUCCGACCCAUGUCCGUGAUGUUCACCGUCAUGGAUUGA